ACAACAAAGCCAUUGCGAAACACUGAACAGAAUUUCUACUACGCCAUAGCUCGUAAUGUUUACAUACAAAGGUGAACGUUGUAUGGUGACGCAUCGCGUGACUGCAGCGAAGCAAGAUCCACGCGUCAGUUUCACACUAGAAAACGAUGUAAACACUGAAUUCAAAGCGAUGUCGCAUGGAUCGUAGCCAACGUGCCAAUGGCUCCCUACUACUAGGACGACUAGAUUUUCUGUUCCGAAGCGAUCGAGAAACAUCAACCGUGCCAGAAAUUUGUGCUGGCUCCUGUUUUUCUGGGGUGUGCUCUUGGUGCGUGCCAUGAGUGCUUGGCGAUUACGCUCCGACAUGUCGGUGGAUGAGUUUCACCCCUUUAUUGAGGCUGUGUUGCCUUAUGUCAAAUCGUUCUCCUACAUUUGGUUCAACCUGCAAGCGCGGAAGCGCAAGUACCUUAAGAAGCAUGAAAAACGUAUGUCUGCACUUGAGGAGCGCCAGGCCAAAGAGGAGCUGGCCAAUGACAAGCCAGAAGUCAAGCAGAAGUGGGCCUCGCGCCUCCUGGCCAAGCUGCGCAAGGACAUUCGGCCAGAGUACCGGGAGGACUUUGUGCUGAGUGUGACCGGCAAGAAGACGCCCAUGUGCGUGCUGAGCAACCCCGACCAGAAGGGCAAGAUCCGACGCAUCGACUGCUUACGCCAGGCCGACAAGGUCUGGCGGCUGGACCUGGUCAUGGUGGUGCUCUUCAAGGCUAUCCCAUUGGAGAGCACAGAUGGCGAGAGGCUGGUCAAGUCCAUAAACUGUGCCAACCCUGUGCUGUGCGUACAGCCACACCACAUAAGUGUCAGCAUCCGAGAGUUGGAUCUGUUUCUUGCAACCUUCAUCGUGCAAUCUCCAGAGCGGGCACUAAGUGAUUCUGGGGACAGCAUGUCUGUCAAAAGUGGCAGUGAACCAGAUUGGCAGAAUCCAUUAACUAUUGUUACUACCCAAGAAGAACCAAAUAGCUUUGCCACCAGCGGUGUUUUCUCUUCAAAUGAAUUGAGAAGACUCACCCAAGGUUCAAUCUGUGAUGGGGCCUCGUGCACCUUGCCUCUAAGUGACCUGGAGAGUCCUACAUACUACCAGUAUGCCACCGAUGUCACUCAGCCACUGGCCACCCGUCGCCACAUCCAGCCCAACCAUCCCAUCACCAAGCGGAUUAAGCGCAACUCCAGCACCAUGUCCUCAGCUGACGACGAUGUGGACAGCGUGGGGGAAGACACUGAGAAUCUGAACUUCUAUGGCCGGUCCCCUGCCUCACUCAGCAGCCAAUCUGGUAGCUGGCACAGUGACAUUGACCCUGGCACUAGCCCCGUGGUCCCGUCCAGCCUAUCACAUGUCAGUCACAAGCCCAAGAUCUCAGAGGGGGCCAGCAACUUUGCAUCCCAGUCCUCCCCAGCAACUAGGAGGGUCCUGAAAGUUGAACCAAAGAUUGAAGAAGAUGGUGGCCUGUCUUCCUGUUCCCUGCAUCAAGGACUGGCCCAGGUUACUCAGGCAACCGAAUACAAGGGUCAAAUCCAAGGAACGAUGGCGUCUUUCACUGGUCCCACAUUAGCGCAGGCUUCCCAUUAUUCUAACCAGCUGAGGUUACACUCCCAGCACCCAGACACCGCCCCACUCUCAGACUUUGUUCAGCUGGUAUGCCACCAAGACAACUACCAACAACAGGUCAAAAAUGGUGCAGUCAGCAACACCAGCAGUCCCACCAAGAUAGCUGGGUUCAUCCCCACAGCCAUGCUUCCACCACCCCCUCCCCCUCCAAUGGCACGACCAGUUGCCAUAGCAACCUCCAUUGGCCAAACUGGUGCCCUUUCCAGUGUGACCAGUCAAACGAGCAUCCCAAAUUCAACAAGUGCCCAAGUCUCCUCCGCAUCACUAGCGCCCUCUUCUUCCUCCUCCUCUUCUUCGUCGGUGGCGUCUAGUUUGACUACGGCCGCCAGCUCAUCCUGCCCGACCACACCCCCUGUGAGUAGGAGCAUCAUGACGAGCCCCUUCACGGUGCUGGGUACCAGCCGGCCUGAUAACGGUCUGGUGCAUGCCCACCAACAACAGGUGCUCUCCUACCCCAGUAUCAGCCCCAUCAACAUCAGUCCCACAACGAUUGGAUUUCUUACCUCCCCGGUUGCAACGCCCAGAUCUACGCCGCGAUCGACGCCCAUCCCACGUUGGACGACACCCCUGAUUUCACUCGAUGAGAAUGCAGACUACACCAUGCUCUCUGGUUUAAUAGCAGCUGCAACCAGUGAGGAAGCGUUCCUCAGCUGCGGUGAGAGAUUUUUGCCUGUCAACCUUACAGCCGAACCAAUGGAGACAGCUAGUAAUGCAGUCACACCAACAGUGAGUAAAUGAGUUCACAGACUCAUGUUUUGAAAAGGACAGUUCUCAGUAUCACAAAGAAAGAAAGGAGGUCGUAAAAUGAUUUGGAUCAUCUGGAAUCUGUCAGUUAACUCAGCUUCAAACGCCAGAAUCAGUUUCUGCACGGAUCCCUGACUGGUAGUCACAAUGAUAACUUAUUACACGUCAAUGCCUCAAGUACAAAUAUGCAUACUUGUGUCAGUUAGUGCAUAAAAUUGGGAAUGUAUUGUGAUACAAAUUAGCUGCUAUCCUAGGACUGGAGUACAUUUGAAUGAGUACAAGUUACAUGACACAGGGGGGCCUUGGAAAUGAUAAAUGACAGCAGAGAAGACUGCAGAUUGCUGUGGGAGUGGUCAGAGCAAGGACUUGUGGGUGUGGGUGAAUCUGAGAGCACUGUUCCCAGCUACGGGUAAUUCUUCUUUUAAGAAUUUGUAGUGGUUGGACAGCCCGACAGGAAACCACCUCGUGAUACUGAGACUAAUACAAGUAGACUGAAAUGCGGGAUUGUAUGUAAAAAAAAAAAGUUGGCACACGGUUUGGUCUUCCUGAAUUGUGCUGUGAAGCACCUUUUAUUAUUUUUUAUGAUGAGUCUAUUUUUGUUUGUUUUUUCGUAUUAUGAGGGUUGUGGGGUGUGGUUCAAGUUCAGGGGAUUUUUUUGUAAGAUAAAAAAAAUGCAUGCUGAAGUGAUAUAUAUUUAUAAUAAUAUGAAUAUUGUUGUAUUCUGUACAGCCCCUAUGUUUACAGUGCUUGAAAAGCUGGUUUAUGUUUUAAGAAUUAUGUUUUAGAGCUAGACAAAAAUGUUGUUUAAUCAGCAUUUCUUAUUGCAUUUGCGAUUAUUGUAUCUCAGUGUAAAUUCUUUCAUUACUUUGUUCCCAUGUGACUCUGAAAUUGAUUAAGAGGCAAAAAGUGUUCUUUAUAUUGUUUGAAAAAGUGUGAUUACAUUGUACGUGUAUUUAUGGAUGUGGUACAUAUCGGUCAUUUUUCCUUUAAUUUUUUUUGUAUAUUUCUAAAGAAACACUGGUGAAAAUCUUUUAAACUAUUCCCUCUUUUAAAAAUCUGAUAAAAAUAUCAAAAAUUAUGAUUUGCUUGACAGACCACACUAUGCCAAGAUUCACUUGGUUUACCUAUGAAGUUGUUUUUUAAAUUGAUUUCAGCGCUACACAUGUAUGCUGGAACUUUUUAAAACCAAUGUCACCCAGCCCCCCCCCCCUAUUCAUGUAUUUCAAAGUUAUGAAGAAAAUGCUAUUUAUUCAGAUUUGCCAAGUCCAUUUUUUAAAUUAACUGUGUUCUGCAUUGUCAUGCUUCUUUGUACCCCAAAAAUUUCUGUGGCAAAUAAAUAUUAAUGUGUACAUAGGCGACAUUUACCAAUUUUGUAGUCAUACAUGUAUGUCGUGUGCAUGCAGUUUGAAAACCCACAUAUAUACAGUACAUUUAUUCAAAGUGUUAUCAAGACAUUGUAGAAUGGAGCCCAACAUGUGAACCUUUUCCCUGAACCUUGUAAUUGCUUCCAGACUGCUGUAUAGAUAGUGGCAUUAAUUUGGGCACGUUUCAUCGACACUAUACGGUAUGUUAACAUAACAUGUAUUAAACAUGUAUUAUGGCAUGCAUAGUACAGUUGUAUUAAAGCUCGUUUUACACGUACAUGUAUGCUGACAUUAUUCAGCAAAUUUGUUGUCACUGGUAUGGAAAGCAUUAUAAACAUGAAGCCAGGGAACGACAUCAGAAAGGUGUGAAGGACACACUAGCCUGGUACUCGGGAAAUGUACUACAUAAUGUACAUGGGUACCUGAUGCACCCCUUCAGUAUUUCCCUUUAAGCAGUUUCUUUGUGAUGAUGGAGGUUAUUUGCAGUCAGGUACCGGUAAUCAGCUUCCAGCUUUUUGCUGUAAUGCUUUCCUUGCCAGUGUGGGUCAGGAUGGUGGGUUUAUUUAAGAAACUAGACUCAAGGUUGCUCUCUGCUCAGGGAAGGAGGCCAAGUUCAAGCCUCUGCUGGUACCCACCACUCUGUCCACAGCUAGAGGUGACCGCUGAUCCCUUCAUUUGACUAAAUAUUGUGGAUGCAAAUAUUGCAAUGCAUUGUGGGUAGUCUACUGCCACAGUCAAUGCACAUACUGUACCAGUACCCUCCUUGUGCAUAUACAUGUAUAUUAUUACCUUUGACAACAGACACACCAACAGUCAUGAUUUACUACAUCCCCAAGGACAGAACAUUGUGUAUUGUAUUGUUCUACAGGAAAAGACUGAGCAGAGACAAUUACCACAGAGGACAUAAGACUAACAUCUGAGGACAGGGCAAGAUGCUUUGUUCCCUUUGUGUUUUUUUUCCCCUGUGGCUCCUGUCCUCCUAAGUCUGUGUUUUGUUUGAAUCAGUCUUCUAACAUGUACAUGUGUGUGCUUAAUUCAUGGAAGAGAGUCUUACAUCUUCAUUAAGGGAAUGAAAUGUGAUGUACUUGAAACCAUACAUAGAGGGGAAAUGGCACUAGUUCGUUAUCAGUUCCGACUCUAUCAGUGUGCUGUGAUGAAGUAUUGAACCUAGGUUCCAAGACCUCUCUAUGCUCCUGUAGUUCAUUCAGCAAUCAUAAACCAUCUCUGUCGGAGGGUUUUAUCUCCAGACAACCAACUA